UUAUAAUUUAAAAAAUGGCGGAGGGAAAUUCUGAUAAAUAUGAUGGCGCUGAUUUGGAUAGUUUGAAUUCAACCGAUGAGGAGGCCGAAACAAAUGCUAAUGAUCAAGAGCAAACAGUUACCGAAAUACCCCAGCCCAAGUAUUCAGAUGAAGAACUCAUCAAACUAGUCGACUAUGUGCAACGCAUGACAAUGCUUUUUGCUCUCGAUCAUCGUGAUUGGACCGAGAGUACACUCGAUAUGAUAAGACGUUGGAUAUUGGAAGUUAAUGAACCUUUACUAACCAUAUUCUAUGAUGCUAAUAAAUUAACCGCCUGCUUGGGAUUUCCCAUUGCUCCAGUCGCAGAUCUUACCUAUUUUAGUCGAGCACCCAAUUGCAUCUUUACCGUUGAGGGCUUCCACGAUGAAGUUAACUUCGGCACAAUACACGAAGAUGUAGAUUAUUGUUUGCUAAAAGUAUUGCAAUUUGUUUAUGCUCCCAUAUUUAGUAAUUAUACCGAUUGGAAUGAGAAUGUAAAGUCAAGAUUUUGUCAGGCCAUGGAUCGUUUUUUGUCUUAUCUGACAAAUUUGAAUUCCAAAAUGGCAGGCAUGACUUUGCUGUAUAUACCCUAUGUGGUGAAACAAAUGGAGCGUGAAAAUGUAGCUCAUGAUAGGGAAUUUGUUAAGAAUAUGGAAUCGAUUGUAGUGUUCUGGACUAAUCAGAUUAGAACCUUACUUAGUGAUAAGGUUCUAGUGGUGCCUCACGAUUUGGUGGUACUGCAAGAGGAAUAUGAAUUUUGGAUGUAUAGAUUUGAGGUUUUACAUGGCAUCGAGACCCAAUUGGAUCAGGCGGAUGUGCAAAAUAUUAUCAAAGUAUUACGGGCUUCUCAUUCAGUUUAUAUUAAACAGAUUGAUGCUUUAAUUAGUGAAUGUCGUUUGGAGGUGGAGGAAGCUAAAUCCAAUAUAAAAUAUCUCCAUUUAUUAGUUGAGCCCUGUGCCCAAAUCGAAAAAGCCAAAAGUCCCGCUGAGGUGCCGGCACUUUUGCCGCGCAUUAUCAAUUUCAUACGUUACAUAUGGCUGAAUUCCCCCUUCUAUAAUAGAAAGGACUUGAUCACCAAUCUUUUUCGUAAUCUUAGCAAUCAAAUAAUACGUUUUUGUGUGGCCCAAACUAAUGUGGAUGUUAUUUUGCAAGGAAAGUCCCGAUUUGGUAUUAAAAUGUGCAAUAUGUCCAUAGAUUGUUGUCUCUCCUAUAAGGCUAUCUAUGAGCUUAUGAGCAAGGAUCUCGUAGUAACUACGCCCAAAUUGGGUUGGGAUCUAGACAAUGCUAUGAUCUUUAAUCAUGUAGAUGCCUUUAUUGAAAGACUUAACGAUCUAAUAGACAUUUGUGAAUCCAUGAUAGUAUUCGCCCGUUUGGAUGAAGAUGAAUCAAUACCCAGGCCACGUUUUGGCGGUACUAAUGGCAAAGAGUUUGAGAAAACUGCCGAGAGCGUUGAAACUCAAUUUCUGCAAUUACUCACAGCCUUAAAAACGGACUCAAAAGAUUUGAUUUUAAAUGUACACAAAAAUAUCUGGUAUAUAGAAGUUCUCAAAUAUCGACGCACCAUACAAAGUUUGGAGGAAACUAUACAACGUCUCAUGUCCAAUGCCUUUCAAAGUGUUUGCAACAUUGAGGAGGCUUUAGAGGUCUUAAAUGUUAUAUUAUUUUACUCCUAUCGUUCCACCAUAAGAAAAACCUAUUUGAGUAUGGUCAGCAGAGUAUGGAAUAUGUUUGUUAAUGAAAUGAAUUCGACCUCGAAAAUGCUUAUGGAUCGUGUUAAGGUACAUGAGUCGUGGUUAAACUAUUAUGCCUCUCGAGCUGUAGCCUAUCGCAUUAGUACCGAACGUUUGCAGUGGCUAAGAGAUCGUCUUAAGAACUCCCAUUGGUUACCAGCCGUACCCGAAGCUGCCGGCGCUUUAGCCAAAUUUGAGAAUGUUAAAAAAGAUUUCCAACUAGCCACACGCAAAACAUUUGACGACUGGGUUAAGAACUGCAGCAGCACUAACUUGCUGGGACGUUUAGAACGUACUCUCCUAGUGAGAAGUAAGAUCAAGAAAGGUCUGCUAGAAUGCAACAUAGAUCGUUCGGUCUUAAACAUAUGCCAACAGGCACAACAUUUCGAGCAACUAGGAUUUCAAAUACCCGGUACCAUACGUAAACUUUAUGAAAAAUAUGCCACAUUAAAUUUCGUUUACAACAGUGUGAUAACCGUUUGCAUAGACUACAAUCGUAUACUGAACGCACUCUCGGAAGACGAACGCAAACUUUUUCGAGCCCUAAUACAAUCUUGUGAUCGUAAAAUUGCUCCCGGUCUCUUUAAAUUGACCUGGGGUGGAGAGUUGAGUGAUGCCUAUAUAGUGGACUGUGCUAAACACACCUCAAAAUUACAGACAUCUUUAGAUAUCUAUAAGAGAGCUAAUCUUAAUAUAAGAAAAAUUUGUGAGCAGAUCUGUGAUACUCCUCUGCUGAAGUUUACCUUGUCGGGUGCUGUAGAGUUGUCGGUGUUUGAAUUGAAUAUAUCGGCUUUUAAUCGCCGUGCAACUAAUGAAAUAUUGAACUUAUAUGAUACGAUUAUAGAUUUACUGUUUGCGGUAUUUAAGGAGUUUCAAUAUGUUAUCGAAGAGAUGGUCACAGAAUGGUAUGAUUAUGUCAAACAAUUCGACAAUAUGUUGGCAGAGGCACUCAUGAUUUGUGCCCGAAAUUCCCUUAACAAUGUCUACAGUUCAUUAAAAUCCGAAGGUGAUAUCAAUCCCGCACCCUUAAUAAUCCUAAUGGCUGAUAUUGAAGAUAAAGAUAUAGCACUGAAACCAGACAUGGAAACUAUUGAAAUGUUGAUGACAAAAAUGUUCGAUCGUAUUUUGAAUAGUCUAAAUAGUGUGCCACGUAUAGCGGCCAAACUAGAAUUGCCCGCUAAACUUAUUGGUCCAACUUUUGCGGAACUAAUGAAAACCGAUGCUAUUAUCAUAGAGACACAAGAUAAAAUCUCGUUGGAGCUAGACUAUAAUAAAGAGGAAAUUGAAAGAUUUAUUAUAAGUUGGAAUGAUUUUCAAGAUAUUUGGGAUAUGGAUGAAGAGAAGUUUAUAGCGAAAAUUGAACAAACGAAUCAGGAGGCUGAAAUUUUCGAGGAUAGCAUUGAAUCUUAUAGUACUCAGGCGGAAAUCAUAGCUACCAAAGAUGCUAUAGUUAAUGUAUACUUUUUAAUGAUUAAUCAGAUGUCCUUGAAAAGUUCUAUAUUGGAUUAUAUAGAAAAGUGGCAAUUGUUAAAUAUUAAACUUUUGACCAAAAGAGCUUCCUCAAGAAUUAAAAGUAAGUUUAGUGGUAUUUUUUUGGGGGUAGUAAAAUUAAUUACAAGUAUUGUAUUUAAAGGUGUUUACCGUUAUGUCAAACGUAAUGAGAAACGUGUAGCUGUAGUGCCGCGUACUUUAAAAGAGGCCCGAGAAGCUACGCUUUUAUUUAAUCGCCUAACGCAGGAGGUUCCAGUCAAGCAAGCUGAAUUCCCCAAUAUAUUUGAUUUGUUUAAGGUUUUGGAUAAAUAUCAAAUCGAAAUUUCGGAUACAAUCAAAGUUUUGAUCUUAAAUUUGCCACCCACAUGGGAAAACUAUUUAAAGAAACUUGGCGAAGCGGGCGAUAUGUUGGAUAAUACCAAGGAAGACUUCAAACAAAACCUACUAACACAGGCAGAGAAAUUCCGUAAUAUUAUUAAGGAAUUUUUAGCGGAUUUUAUGGUGAAAUUACCCACCUCUGCACAAACAAAUCCUAAAAUAGCCUUAAAAUAUUUAAAAAUUAUCGAAACUAAAGUAGCAGAUUGUUUUAAGUUUGAACAAAGUUUAAUAAAUGAUUUAUCGACAUUUUAUAUCAAUCAACCGGAAAAUUUGGACUUGAAAAAACUCAGCAGUGAAGUACAGAUAGUUAAGGGUAUUUGGUCCUUGAUUUUAGAAUGGCAAAAUGCCUGGAAUGAAUGGCGUGUGGGUAAUUUUUGGAAAAUCAAUAUUGAUAUAAUGGAAGACACCGCAAUUUCAUUGUAUAAAGAGUUCAGUGCUUUGAAUAAGAAAUAUUAUAAUCGGUCCUGGGAUAUGCUAAUAGUUACCACUAAAAAUCUCGAUAGUUUUAGAAGAACUUUGCCGCUUAUAACAGCUCUUAAGAAUCCCUGCAUGCGUAAGAGACAUUGGGAUCGUGUUAGAAACUUAAUGCAGGUCGAUUUUGAUGAAAAUUCCAAGAAUUUCACUUUAGAAUUAAUAAUAAACCUAGAUUUCCAGGCGUAUUCUGAGGAUAUACAAGAUAUCUCGAAUGCUGCCACCAUGGAGCUACAAAUAGAAAAUGGUAUUAAAAAUAUAGCCGGCAUUUGGCGUAAACAACUUCUGGAGAUGGUUUUCUAUCGGGAUGGUAUUUAUAAAAUCAAAAGUGUAGAUGAAUGCACCCAAUUGUUGGAGGAACAUAUGGUACAACUUUCCGCCAUGAAAUCCACUCGAUUUGUAGAACCCUUUGCUGUGGUGGUAGAUUAUUGGGAGAAAACUUUGUCGUAUAUCUCGGAAACUUUGGAAAAAGCUUUAGUGGUUCAGCGACAAUGGUUGUAUUUGGAAAAUAUAUUCGCUGGCGAAGAUAUACGCAAGCAAUUGCCCAAUGAAGCCAAACGUUUUGGCAUUAUAACUGAAGAAUUUAAGACCAUAACAGAUAAAAUGUUUUCAGCCAAAACGGCCUUAAGGGCCACACAUUUUAGAAGACCUCCUUUUUUGUUGAACAGAUUUCAAAAGAUAGACGAAAGAUUGGAAACCAUACAAAGAGCUUUAGAAAUCUAUUUGGAAACUAAAAGACAAUUGUUUCCCCGUUUUUAUUUCAUUUCCAAUGAUGAUCUUUUGGAAAUUUUGGGCAAUAGCAAAAGACCGGAUUUAGUACAGCUGCACUUAAAGAAACUAUUCGAUAAUCUGGUGAAAUUAGAACUCAAAAGAGUGGGUAAAACCCUUAAUCGCUGGCAAGCCUUGGGCAUGUAUGCCGAUGAUGGUGAAUAUGUGGAAUUCCUUAAUGUGAUUUACAUAGAUGGUCCUUCCGAGAAAUGGCUUAAAGUUUUAGAAGACUAUAUGUUUGCUGUUCUCAAGGAACAGCUAAAACUUACCCGGGCAGCUUUAAAGAAAUUGGCCGGUAACCGUGAAAAGUGGUUAUCCCUGUGGCCGGGGCAAUUGGUUAAUACCACCUGUUUAAUAAAUUGGACCACAGAAUGUACACGCAGUCUGAUACAUUGCAAAACGGUGAAUCAAAAGAAACCUUUAAGAAAACUAAAAAGCAAACAAAGUAAAAUUCUAGGUAAACUUUCCGAAAUGAGUAGAAAAGAUCUAAGCAAGAUCAUGCGUUUAAAAGUUAAUACUCUAAUCACUGUGGAGAUACAUGGUCGUGAUGUUAUCGAACGUAUGUAUAAGAAUAAUUGUAAAGAUGUGGGUCACUUUGAAUGGUUUUCCCAAUUACGAUUCUAUUGGCAUCGUGAAUCUGAGACCUGUGUGGUUAGACAAACUAAUACCGAACAUUGGUAUGGUUAUGAGUAUAUAGGCAAUUCGGGUAGACUUGUUAUAACUCCUCUAACCGAUAGAUGUUAUAUAACCCUAACUACGGCCUUGCAUUUAUAUAGAGGCGGUAGUCCUAAGGGUCCCGCUGGCACGGGUAAGACAGAAACAGUAAAAGAUCUGGGUAAAGCUUUAGGCAUGUGGGUUAUAGUUACCAACUGCUCGGAGGGUUUGGAUUUUAAGAGUAUAGGCAAAAUCUUUUCGGGUUUAGCUCAAACUGGUUCCUGGGGUUGUUUCGAUGAAUUCAAUCGCAUUAAUAUAGAAGUGUUAUCUGUGGUGGCCCAACAAAUUCUUUCGGUUAUAUCUGCCUUAACAGCCAAACAAACCGAGUUUCUAUUUGAGGGUCAGGUAAUCAAACUAGUGCCUACGGUGGGCUUGUUUAUUACCAUGAAUCCCGGCUAUGCGGGUCGUACCGAACUGCCAGAUAAUUUGAAAUCUAUGUUUCGUCCUAUAUCCAUGAUGGUGCCCGAUAAUGUUAUCAUUGCCGAAAAUACUCUUUACUCCGAUGGUUUCACUAAUACCCGUAGUUUAGCGCGCAAGGUCUAUACUUUAUAUGAACUGGCCAAACAGCAGCUGUCCAAACAAUAUCAUUAUGAUUUUGGUUUACGUUCCAUGGUGGCUUUACUAAGAUAUGCUGGACGCAAAAGAAGACAAUUGCCUGAGGCCUCCGAAGAGGAAGUGGUUUAUUUGGCCAUGCGUGAUAUGAAUGUAGCUCGUUUGACCGCUAAUGAUUUGCCCCUAUUUAAUGGCAUUAUGUCCGAUAUAUUUCCCGGAGUUGAUGUUCCCCUUAUAGAUUACAGUGAUUUUAAAGAUGCCAUAGAAGAUGAACUUAAAGUCAAUGGUUUACAACUAAUACCUAUAGCCAUUAAAAAGGUCAUAGAGUUAUAUGAAACCAAAAAUUCCCGACAUUCCUCUAUGAUAAUAGGUGAUACUAAUACAGCCAAGUCGGUGACUUGGAAGUGCUUGCAGGGAGCUUUCAUAAGAAUGAAUAACAAUAAGAAACCGGGUUGGCCUGCUGUAGUAGUUUAUCCGGUAAAUCCUAAGGCCUUGAACUUGGCAGAAUUAUAUGGAGAAUAUAAUUUGGCUACCGGCGAAUGGUUAGAUGGGGUGCUCAGUUCUAUAAUGCGUGUCAUAUGUGCCGAUGAAGAUCUUACACAAAAAUGGCUAUUAUUUGAUGGUCCGGUAGAUGCAGUUUGGAUAGAAAAUAUGAACUCGGUCAUGGAUGAUAAUAAACUUUUGACUUUGGUUAAUAGUGAACGUAUUACCAUGCCGGCCCAGGUUUCCUUACUAUUCGAAGUGGCUGAUUUGGCAGUGGCUUCACCCGCUACAGUUUCUCGCUGUGGCAUGGUUUAUAAUGAUUAUCAUGAUUGGGGUUGGCGUCCCUAUGUAAAAUCCUGGUUGGCCCAACAGAAACCCGCAGAAUAUGUUAAAUUUAUAACGGAAUAUUUUGAAGAAUUUCUUGAUAAAUUAUUAAACUUUAAACAUUAUCAAUGUAAGGAGAUUGUCGAAACCAAUGAAUUGAAUACGGUUAUAUCCAUGUGUAACCUCUUGGAGGGGUUUGCUACCAAACAGAAUGGCAUUGUAACGGGUAAUGAUGAGUUGUUGGAAACUAUGUCGAAACUAUGGUUUUUGUUUUCUAUGAUUUGGUCUGUUUGUGCCACUGUGGAUGAGGAUGGUCGUAAUAAAAUUGAUGCUUUUAUACGUGAAUUGGAUGGUAGUUUUCCGAUUAAGGAUACCGUAUAUGAUUAUUAUGUCGAUCCUAAUCAGAAAUCUUUCUUACCCUGGAAUAAUAAACUAUCGGAUACUUGGAAAUAUGAUGAAGAAGCUGCAUUUUAUAAAAUUAUAGUUCCCACCGUUGACACGGUUAGAUAUGAAUAUUUAGUUUCAAAACUCUUACAAGAUGGUCGUCCCGUACUUUUGGUCGGCAAUGUUGGUACGGGCAAAACUUCAACAGCUGUUAGCGUAAUGGAAUCUUGCGAUAAGACAAAGUUUACUGUAUUCUCUAUAAAUAUAUCGGCUCAGACCACUGCUGCUGGCCUACAAGAAUCCAUAGAAAAUCGUACCGAAAAAAGAACCAAAACACAUUACGUACCCAUUGGAGGCAAGAAAAUGAUAUGCUUUAUGGACGAUUUCAAUAUGCCGGCUAAAGAUGUUUAUGGUUCUCAACCACCACUCGAAUUGAUAAGACAAUGGAUUGACUAUAAAUAUUGGUUUAAUCGUAGAAAUCAACAGAAAAUCUAUGUACUUAAUACCUUACUUAUGGCCGCUAUGGGUCCACCGGGUGGAGGUAGACAAAUUAUUUCCUCACGCACUAUGAGCAGAUUUUUUCUACUCAAUAUGACAUUCCCCACUGAAGAUAUUGUAAGUCGAAUAUUUGGCACUAUGAUAAGACAAAAAUUACAAACAUUUUCGAAUGAAGUUCGUGAACUAUGGGAACAUAUAACGGAAGCUUCUAUACAUAUCUAUCGCGAUGUAGUGGAUAGAAUGCUACCCACUCCUAAUAAGUCACAUUAUUUAUUCAAUCUUAGAGAUAUAUCGAAAGUAUUCCAGGGUUUAUUGCGCAGUAAUUCGGAGGUGCAAGUUAAGAAAUCUCAAUUCCUAAGACUUUGGAUUCAUGAGUGUUUUAGGGUUUAUAGCGAUCGCCUAGUAGAUGAUAAUGAUCAGUCAUGGUUUCAAAAUAAAGUCAAUGAGGUUUUGGGUAAAUAUAUGGAAAUAACUUUACACAGUUUGUGUCCCAAUAAGGCGGUGCCAAUUUUCGGCGACUUUAUGAGUGCUCAGGGUUUUUACGAAGAUUUGCCUAACGACAAAUUGAGAUUAUAUAUAAAUAAUCAAAUGUUGGAAUACAAUAAUUCCGGUAUGGCACGCAUGCAGUUGGUAUUCUUUAAAGAUGCCAUAGAACAUGUGGCCAGAAUUGUUAGGGUUAUAUCCCAACCCAGGGGCCAUAUGUUAAAUAUUGGCAUAGGUGGUUCCGGCCGCCAGGUAUUGGUAAAACUGGCUGCUUUUAUAUUGGAAAUGGGUGUGUUCCAGAUAGAGGUAACCAAGAAAUACAAGACCCAGGAGUUUAGAGAAGAUUUAAAGACUCUAUAUAAAUUAACUGGGGUCAAGCAAAGAGCUAUGGUGUUCAUUUUUAGUGGCGAGCAAGUGGUGGAGAAUACAUUUUUGGAAAUCAUUAAUAAUAUGUUAAGUACAGCCGAAAUUAAUCUUUUCAAAUCGGAUGAGUUUGAAGAGUUGAAAAAUGAACUGGAGAGACCAGCCAAAAAGGCCAAUGUACAAUUGUCCACCGAGGCCUUGUAUAAUUUUUUUAUGCAAAAUGUGCGCGAUAAUAUGCAUAUAGCUUUAGCCAUGAGUCCUAUAGGCGAAUCAUUUCGUUCGUAUUUAAGACAAUAUCCGGCUCUCAUAAACAACACUACCCCCAACUGGUUUAGACUAUGGUCUCAGGAAGCUUUACUAGAAGUUGCCUCCACAUUUUUAACCGGUUUUAAGAUUAGAGUGGCGGCACCCGGUAAAGAAAACGAAAAAAAUCGAGAUAGUUUAGUGGAGGCAACAGAAGUUACCUUACAGCGUGAAGUGGCCUAUAGUUUUUCUAUUAUUCACUCCAAUGUUACCGAAAUAUCGGACUUGAUGUUAAGAGAAGUUAAAAGGCAAAAUUAUGUUACUUCCCUAAACUAUUUGCAGCUGGUAAGUGGUUUUAAAGAACUUCUGGAGCAGAAAAGAUAUGAAAUAUCUUCCAGUGCCAAUAAGCUACGAAAUGGUUUAUCCAAAAUAGCCGAUACCCAGGAAAAGGUAAGUGGCAUGUCCGAAGAACUUAAAGUGAGUUCGGCCCAAGUAAAAGUUUUAGCUGUGGAAUGUGAGGAAUUCAUAGCGAUUAUAGAAACCCAAAAGGCCGAAGCUACUGAACAAAAAGAAAAGGUAGACUCUGAAGCGGUGGUAAUAAAAAAAGAUGAAGUCAUUUGUUUGGAAUUGGCUGCCACCGCUAAGGCCGAUUUGGAUGUGGUAUUACCCAUGAUCGAUGCUGCCGUUAAGGCUUUGGAUGCCUUAAAUAAAAAAGAUGUUGCCGAGGUCAAAUCGUAUGGUAAACCUCCCAUGAAAAUCGAGAAAGUUAUGGAGGCGGUAUUGAUUUUAUUGGGCAAGGAUCCCACUUGGGAAAAUGCCAAAAAGGUAUUGGGUGAGGCCACCUUUCUAAAUGAUCUCAAAAAUUUCGAUCGUGAUAAUGUUUCGGAUAAAACUUUGAAAAGAAUAGCUUUAUAUACCAAAAAUCCAGAAUUGGAACCCGACAAGGUGGCAGUGGUUUCCUUAGCCUGUAAAUCAUUAAUGCAAUGGAUAUUGGCCAUAGAAAACUAUGCCAAAGUUUAUCGUAUAGUGGCUCCUAAGCAAGAAAAAUUAGAUAAUGCCAUGCGUUCUUUGGCGGAGAAACAAGCUUUGCUGGCGGCAGCUAGAGCCAAAUUGGAAGAGUUAAAUGCCAGACUUGCCGAACUUUAUCGUCAAUUAAAUGAGAAAACCGAACUUUUAAAUGAGCUACGAGCCAAAGAAGAGAAAUUGCGUAAACAGCUGGAAAGAGCUAUAAUAUUAGUGGAAUCUUUGGCGGGAGAAAGAGAACGUUGGAUUGACACAGUGGCCAAUUUAGAUGCUCAAUUUGAAAAGUUACCCGGCAACUGUUUGAUAUCCACAGCUUUUGUCUCUUACUUGGGACCUUUCGAUACCAAAUAUCGUGAAAUUCUAUUAGAUAAAUGGUUAAUACUCAUAAAAGAAAGACAAAUACCCUCUUCCGAAGAACUUAAAGUUACCUCUUUUCUCUUGGAUGCAGUAACCGUAAGAGAGUGGAAUAUACAGGGUCUACCAGCAGAUGAUUUUAGCACCGAGAAUGGCAUGAUUGUAACUAAGGGAAGUCGUUGGCCCUUGAUAAUAGAUCCCCAAAUGCAGGCGAAUACUUGGAUAAAAAACUUUGAACAAGAUAAUGAUUUAAAAGUUAUCGAUUUUGGUCAAUUGGAUUAUUUAAAAACUUUGGAGUUAUCACUGCAAAAUGGUAAUCCUGUGUUAUUGCAAAAUGUGGGAGAACAUAUAGAUCAGACCAUAAAUCCUAUUCUAAAAAAGAUGUAUAUUAUACAAAGUGGCCAGAAGUUAAUAAAAUUCAAUGAUAAAUUUAUUACUUUUCAUGAUAAUUUCCGUCUAUAUAUAACCACCAAAAUAACUAAUCCCCAUUAUCCACCGGAAAUUUCCUCCAAGACUACUAUAGUUAAUUUUGCUUUAAAACAGGAUGGUUUACAGGCCCAAUUACUGGGCAUUGUGGUGCGCAAAGAAAAGCCCGCUUUAGAGGAACAAAAAGAUGAAUUGGUCAUGACUAUAGCACGCAAUAAGAGAACUCUUAUUGAUUUGGAUAAUGAGAUUUUAAGAUUGUUAAAUGAAAGCAAAGGUUCGAUACUGGAAGAUGAUGAACUAUUUGCUACCUUACAAAAAUCCCGACAAACUUCGGCCUUGGUUAAGGAAUCUUUAAGUACGGCUGAGGUAACGGAGAUAGAAAUAGAUACUGCUAGACAAGAGUAUCAACCUGCAGCCGAACGUGCUUCGAUAUUAUUCUUUGUUUUAAUGGAUAUGUCUAAAAUAGAUCCCAUGUAUGUGUUUUCUUUGGCGGCAUAUAUAUUGCUAUUUACCCAGUCCAUAGAGAAGAGUCCCCGACAUUUAAAUGUUAAAGAGCGUAUUGUUAAUAUUAAUGAUUUUCAUACCUAUUCGGUUUAUAAGAAUACUUGUCGUGGUUUAUUUGAAAAACAUAAGCUGUUAUUUUCCAUACACAUGUCGGCUCAGAUAUUGGCAAAUGCGGGCAAGUUAGUGGAGGCGGAGUAUGAUUUUAUUUUGAAGGGUGGUAUAGUUUUAGAUAAACUGGGUCAACCACCUAAUCCAGCCUCAAAUUGGAUUAGUGAACAAUCCUGGGACAAUAUCACCGAAUUGGAUAAAGUGGCGGGUUUUCAUGGUAUUAUCGAUUCUUUUGAACAGAAUGCCAAGUCUUGGCAAAUUUGGUAUGCCACCACCACCCCCGAAGUGGAGGAUCUUGUGGGUGAAUGGAAUGAUAAAUUAACGGAUUUUCAAAAGAUUUGUGUUGUUAGAUGUCUAAGGGCUGAUCGCAUACAAUUUUGUCUCACACAAUUUAUUGUCAACUCAUUGGGUCCGCGCUUUAUAGAACCUCCUGUUUUAGAUCUAAAAGUGGCCUUCGAAGAGUCUUUACCACAAACACCUUUAAUUUUUGUCCUAUCGCCGGGUGUAGAUCCCACUCAAUCACUUUUAACACUAGCCGAACAAGUGAAAAUGUCAUCUCAUAUAUUUUCUCUUAGUUUGGGUCAAGGACAGGCUCCCGUGGCCACAAAAAUGAUAAUGGAUGGUAUAAGAGAGGGUAACUGGGUAUUUCUGGCGAAUUGUCAUUUAUCGCUUAGUUGGAUGCCUACUUUAGAUAAAAUAAUAGCCACUAUACAGUCCAUGAAAAUUCAUAAAAGAUUUCGUUUAUGGUUAAGUUCCAGUCCUCAUCCGGAUUUUCCCAUAUCCAUUUUACAAAUCAGCAUUAAAAUGACCACUGAACCUCCCAGAGGCAUAGAGGCCAAUAUGAAGCGUCUAUACAGCAAUGUAAAUGAGGGAAAUUUUGCUUUAGCCAAUGAUCCGGGAAAAUAUAAAAAGCUUUUAUUCUCCCUAUGCUUCUUUCAUACUAUACUAUUGGAACGUAAAAAGUUUUUACAAUUGGGUUGGAAUGUUAUCUAUAGUUUUAAUAAUUCGGAUUUUGAAAUAUCGGAAAUCCUAUUACUUUUAUAUCUAAACGAAUAUGAGGACACGCCCUGGGAUGCUUUGAAGUACUUAAUAGCGGGUGUAAAUUAUGGUGGUCACGUGACCGAUGAUUGGGAUCGUAGAUUGCUAACCACCUAUAUCAAUCAAUAUUUCUGCAAUGAGGCUUUAAAUAUUUCCAAAUUUAGACUAUCUUCGCUGGCCAAUUAUUUCAUACCACCCGAAGGUGAUUUACAGUCCUAUAAUGAUCAUAUACAACAGUUUCCCAAUUUUGAUAAACCCGAAGCUUUUGGUCAACAUUCUAAUGCCGAUAUUGCUUCUCUAAUAGGCGAAACUCGUUUACUUUUUGCUACUUUGAUUUCUAUGCAAGUUCAAACCUCAACAGCGGAAGGUGAAAGUAAAGAGUCUAAGGUUUUGCGUCUAGCGCAAGAUAUAGCUCAGAGCACUCCCAAGGAGUUAAAUUAUGAGCAAACUGCCAAAUUGGUGGGUUUAAAUCGUUCUCCUUUGGAAGUGGUAUUACUGCAGGAAAUGGAGCGUUAUAAUGUUCUAUUAAGAAAUAUGAAAAUACAUUUAAGAGAUCUUCAGAAAGGCAUACAAGGUUUGGUGGUGAUGAGUACGGAUUUGGAAGAUAUAUAUAUAGCGGUUUAUGAGGGUCGCGUCCCCGCCUUAUGGUUGAAGUCUUAUCAAUCUGAAAAACCUUUAGCUUCCUGGUCUCGUGAUUUGGUCUUUAGAAUUGAACAUUUCGCCAACUGGGCUAAGACCCUUAAGCCACCCAUUCUCUUUUGGCUGGCGGCCUAUACAUUCCCCACCGGUUUCUUAACUGCUGUUUUACAAACUUCCGCCAGAGCCACUCGCACUCCUAUUGAUGAAUUGAGUUGGGAAUUUUUUGUUUUUGUGGAAGAAGAUGCUGCCGCUGCUCGUAUAGUACGAGAGGGUGGUGGGGUAUAUGUGCGUGGUUUAUUUUUGGAAGGUGCCGGUUGGUUGCGCAAAGCUCAGUGUCUCACAGAACCUCUACCCAUGGAAUUAGUUUCUUCUAUGCCGGUUAUACACUUUAAGCCUGUAGAGCAAUUGAAAAAGAAAACUAAGGGAAUUUAUUCAUGUCCCGCCUAUUAUUAUCCCCAAAGAUCGGGUUCUUUUGUUAUAGCUGUAGAUUUGAAAUCUGGCAAUGAGAAGGCAGAUCAUUGGAUUAAGCGGGGUACUGCUUUGUUGUUGAGUUUGAGUAAUUAAUUGUUUGUGUUGUU